GAAAAUUAGUGGAAGGGUGGCUGAAGCUUUUGAAAGCACUAACAGUUGUCUGCUUAAAAUAGUUUGGUAAUCUUCGCUAUGCAAUUGAGGGUGUUUGGUGAGAUAAUAAACAAAAUAAAUUUUGAUUUUAGUGCUUCUUCCACUAUGAUUUGUGGGUUUGACGUGUAAAGAUAUCUUCAGCUGCUUGUUUCAUUAUAAAUCCUGCUAGAUUGUGGGGUGUUUGUGCCUUGCAUUGAAGAAAAUGGAAAAUCCAAUGAGUUACACUUGCAUUCUUGUGUUUCUGGUUAUUCUGGGCAUUUCUGGGUUCAAUAGUGGAGUUAAUGGGGCUGGUGAAUGUGGGAAAUCUUCCCCUGAUAGGGAAGCUUUUAAGUUGGCUCCUUGUGCAAUAGCUGCACAAGAUGAGAAUGCUCCAGUCUCCAGCCAGUGCUGCCAAGCAGUUAAGACUCUUGGCCACAACCCUGCAUGCCUGUGUGCUGUUAUGCUGUCUAAUACAGCUAAGAGCUCCGGUGUCAAGCCAGAAAUAGCUAUAACCAUCCCCAAGCGUUGCAACCUUGCUGAUCGUCCUGUGGGUUACCGGUGUGGAGCUUACACAUUGCCUUGAAGAGUGAAGAAUGUAAGUUAUGAUGCCUGUGGUUGUAAAGAGGUUACUACUGGUUGUCUAGCUUGUGAAAUUGUGUUUACUUGUCAUCCAGGCAUCUGAAUAAUAUCAAAUAAUCUAUUGCCUUUGCUUAAC